CGCGUUUCUUCCUCUGGCUUCCGAGGAUACUGCGCGUUUACGAGAGAGCUAGAGGCGUACAGUAGCGAGAAAAUGGCCACCAAAGUGUAUAUCGUUUACUAUUCUAUGUAUGGACAUGUUGAGAAGCUGGCCCGAGAGAUUCAGAAAGGAGCCUCAACUGUGGAAGGAGUAGAAGUAACGCUUUGGCAGGUACCAGAAACUCUUCCUAAAGAUGUUCUUGGAAAGAUGGGUGCACCACCAAAGAGCGAUGAUGUGCCUAUCAUAACACCAAGUGAACUUGCCGAGGCUGAUGGUGUUCUUUUUGGUUUCCCAACUCGAUUUGGAAUGAUGGCUGCACAGUUCAAGGCAUUCAUGGAUGCAACUGGUGGUCUGUGGAGAACACAACAGCUUGCAGGCAAACCUGCUGGAAUUUUCUACAGCACUGGAUCCCAAGGAGGUGGACAGGAGACUACCCCGUUAACUGCAAUCACUCAGCUUGUUCACCAUGGGAUGGUGUUUGUGCCAAUUGGUUAUACAUUUGGUCCUGGCAUGUUUGAGAUGGAGAAGGUGAAGGGUGGAAGCCCCUACGGUGCAGGAACCUUUGCUGGGGAUGGUUCAAGACAGCCUUCUGAGCUAGAGCUAGAGCAAGCAUUCCACCAAGGGAAGUACUUUGCUGGCAUUGCAAAGAGGCUCAAGGGAUCUGCUUGAUUUUCUUUCCUAUCCAAACUAUCAUUCAGCUUUCUAGAUUUUGCUUGUUCUGGCACGACAUUUUCUACAUAAUAAUAUGUGCUUUGUGGAAGAAUAUGGUUUCUUCAAGACAUUAGCUUAUGUUCAUUGACUGAAGUUUUUAUUCAUCUCUUCUAAUUGAAAAUCAUUCAACACAAAAGUCCUGUUUGUGUUAUGGUUGCUUCUACAUGACUAAAGAUUACUGUAAGAAAUACACUUUAGCUUU